GAGACGUGGCGCGGGCAGGCCACGGGCAGUGGAGCCCGUCGGGGCCGGACUGGGCGGAGGGCCACGUUGCCGGGGUCGCGAGUGCGGGGCGGGCGGUUGGGGAGGGAGCGCGGCCCGGCUGGGCUCGGUGCGUGGGGAUGGCCGCGGUGGGCUGGAAAGACCAUCUCUAAUUACUGCCAGGGCAGUGCUGGGCCCCGGAGAUACCUCAGAGACCAAGACGCAGCACAGCUUGAACAUCAGCACCGUAAUGGCCAUAGCUGGAAUAAUGUUACUUCUAAGAAGUAUUCGGAUGACAUCAAAAUUUACAAGUUCUUCAGAUAUUCCAGUAGAAUUUAUAAGAAGGAAUGUUAAACUACGUGGACGAUUACGCCGAAUAACUGAGAAUGGUUUAGAAAUUGAGCAUAUUCCCAUUGCUUUACCUAUUAUAACUUCAUGGAAAAAAGAGCCAUGUGGUGUUUUGCUGGUUAAGCUGGCAGGAGUAGAACUCACUGAAACCGGGAAGGUGUGGUUACAAAAAGAGUUAAAACCUUCCCAGGUGGUAUGGUUUCAACUUCUUGCAAAGGAGAAUUCAGCACUUAUUUGCUAUCUUCUAGUGAAUAAGGGUAGAUAUUUUAGUGUGAGUCUGAAUGAAGAAAUUUUGAGAAGAGGCCUUGGCAAAACUGUUCUUGUUAAAGGGCUAGAUUAUGAUUCUAAAAUCUAUUGGACAAUUCACAGAAACUUACUUAAAGCUGAAUUAACAGCGUUAAAAAAAGGAGAAGGAAUAUGGAAGGAAGAAUAUGAAAAAGAAAGUUAUUUGGAAAAAUUGAAAGGCUCCUGGAGAGAAAUAUGGAAAAAAGACAAUUAUUUAAAAAAAAUUGGAUCAGAUUUCAGUUUGAAAAAUGAAAGUUAUUAUGACAAACUUAGAAGGACUUAUGAAACAUGGAAAGACCACAUAAAUAACUACUCCUUAAUACUGAAGUUCAGAGAACUUAUGAAUCGCAUACAUUUUCGUAGAAAAGGGUGAAAUAUUCUAAGAGGCCUGGAGGUGACCUACUCAGAAAAGAGUAAACUAUGUAAAUAUAUGGAUAUUGAGUUGAAACGGAAAUUCCUCCAAAUGAUCAAAGUUGCAUUCUAAUGGUAUUUAAAUAUUUAAGAGAUGAUUAUUUUAAAUGUCAUAUCAGAAUUACUUAAGCAAAUUGUGAUUAAUAUAAUUAAUAUAAUAUGCUUUUAGGAAAAAUGAAAUACUUUAUAAAGUUACCAGGAUAAAGGAUGUAUAUCUGUAAUGUUAAUAUUUGAAGACAGAGUUUAACUAUUGGACACUGUAUUAUUUUAGUUAUUUGGGGCAGCCAUAUUUAAUUUUUGUUCAACGAGAAUAUUUUGUUUACUUUUCCAGUUUUAUCAAUUUUGAUUACGUAUAAUAAAGGAACUCUAUGCAUCA